AUGAACACCUCACUCGCCCUCGUCCCCUCGCGAUCCCUCCUGCAACUCGGCCUGCGCGCCGCGUGCCGCCGCGUGACGACUUCCGAAUCGCUCUCCGGCGCAUCCCCCUUCCGAUUCAUCUCGACCUCUCCUCGAACCACCAGACCGCCGUCAUCAUGGUCGUCGCCCCUCCGACAUAACCUCUGGCCCUCGCCGGCGGCCAGAGCGUUGCAAACCCGACAAGCCUCCUCCUCCUCAUCCGAAAGCGUCCUACGAGAAUACGAAGACCUCCCGAUCGACUACAAAGACAAGGAGGGACUGCCCUUCAGGAAAACCGAUCUCGACGCGGCCGAGGCCAGGAAAAUCUUCGGCAGCUCCCUCAGACCCCAGGCCGCAAACCGCCUCCUCAGGAUCCUCCACGGCCGCCGCGUCGCCGGCACCCUCGACGACCCCGUCUUCACCGUCAACACCGCCUCCUACUCCCCCCAACAACGCGCCGCCGCCCUCGAGUACCUCCGCGAGACCGUCCCCGUCGACGAGGUCCUCAACGCCGGCCUGCGCGCCGAGGACGAGCUCCUGCAGCUCGAGGCCGAGGGCGUCGCGGUCAGCGGCAGCGAGGAAUCCUCUGCGGCGACCACAACUCCCGAGAAACCCGCGAAGAACGCCGAAACGGAAGCGGAGGCGAAGCCGGACCCCGUCUACGGAUACAGCGUCAUGGACGCCAUCCGCGCCAAGAACAUAGCCAAGAACAAGGCCGAGGAGGAACGUCUCGCGCGCGAGGCUGAACAGAAGGGCCUCGCGGCCCCCGGCACCGUCGCCGCCCUCCCCAUCAAGCGCCCGCCCAUGACGGCGCGCAUGCAGAAGUGGAUGGCCGAGGGCGGCUCCGACCUCGAAGCCCCGCCGCCCCUCACCACCGCCGAGCGCAUCCUCCCCUCCGCCGCCGUCGUCGCCCUCCUCGUCGGCGCCCUCGCCGCCCUCGCCAUGGUCUACUCACCGCCCCGCGAGGCCGACCGCAUGUUCCCCGAGGUGUCCGCCUCGACCGCCACCGUCGGCGCCCUCGUCCUCCUCAACGCCCUCGUCUUCCUCGCCUGGAAGGCGCCCCCGCUCUGGCGCCUCCUCAACACCCACUUCACCCUCGUCCACGGCAUGCCGCGCGCCGCCUCGAUGCUGACGGCCAACUUCUCCCACCAGGGCCUCUGGCACCUGCUGCCCAACAUGGUGGGUCUGUGGUUCGUCGGCACCGCGCUGCACGACGAGGUCGGCCGCGCCGCCUUCCUGGCCAUCUACCUCUCCUCGGGCGCCGCGGGCCUGCUCGGCAGCCUGGUCUUCUUCACGCUGCGCGGCGUGCUCACCGUCUCGACGAUGGGCGCCUCGGGCGGCGUGUUCGGCGUCGCGACGGCCUAUUUCUGGCUGCACCGCUUCGACUCGUUCAAGGUGCUCGGCCUGCCGCCGGACCCGAUGAACGGGCCGCAGGGCCUGGGCUUCAUCGCGCUGAUCCUGGGUGUGCACAUCUUCGCCAUCUUCCGGCGCGGGAAGCAGACCAUCGAUCUGGCGUCGCAUCUGUGCGGUAUGCUCGCGGGCAUGAUCGGCAUCGAGCUCGUCACGGGGAGGAGGGGGGAGGUUGAGAAGUCGAGGGAGGAUCUCGUCAAGGACGCGCCUGCGCCUAGCAGCGCAGAUGAUGUGAAGGCUUAG